ACGAGGAGGUCUCGCGAGAGGGAAAGCAACUCUCGCGAUGAUUUAUUUAUUUAUUUAUUUAUUUGUGUCUGUGUUUAUUUGCCUAGCGGCUGACAACGGGCUAGUUGCUCCGGGUGGAACUCCUAAGGUGGUCUAACCUGAGAUUGGAGUGAGACCCCAGCCGUAGGCCGGGGUUCUUUCCAUAUAGAGGAGACGGAUUCAGAGGGGCUCCAGACCAAGAUUGUUGAAAACCAGACAUAUGAUGAGCGUCUAGAGAUUAACGACUCUGAAGAGGUUGCAAGUAUUUAUACUCCAACCCCAAGACACCAAGGACUUCCUCAUUCUGCCGAGCUUCCUAACAAGACUAUGGCUGAUAACAGCAGUGAUGAGUAUGAAGAAGAAAAUAACAAGGAGAAGAAGAAGACCUCACAGUUGACACCUCAGCGGGGCUUCAGUGAAAAUGAUGAUGACGAUGACGACGACGACUCAUCAGAAACUGAUUCUGAUGAUGACGAUGAUGAUGAAGAACACGGAGCCCCUCUGGAAGGAGCCUACGAUCCUGCAGAUUUUGAGCAUUUGCCAGUUUCUGCAGAGAUUAAGGAACUCUUCCAGUACAUCAGUCGGUACACACCUCAGUUGAUUGACUUGGACCACAAACUGAAACCCUUCAUUCCUGAUUUUAUCCCAGCCGUUGGAGAUAUCGAUGCAUUCCUAAAGGUCCCACGUCCUGAUGGAAAACCUGACAACCUUGGUCUUUUGGUAUUGGAUGAACCUUCUACAAAGCAGUCUGACCCUACGGUGCUUUCACUCUGGCUAACAGAGAACUCCAAGCAGCACAAUGUCACACAACACAUGAAAGUAAAGAGCCUGGAGGAUGCAGAAAAGAAUCCCAAAGCCAUUGAUAUGUGGAUUGAGAGCAUCUCUGAGUUACACCGUUCUAAGCCCCCUGCAACUGUGCACUACACCAGGCCCAUGCCGGACAUUGACACGCUGAUGCAGGAAUGGUCUCCAGAGUUUGAAGAACUUUUGGGCAAGGUGAGCCUGCCCACAGCAGAGAUUGACUGCAGCCUGGCGGAAUACAUUGACAUGAUCUGUGCCAUCCUCGACAUCCCUGUCUACAAGAGUCGGAUCCAGUCCCUCCACCUGCUUUUUUCCCUCUACUCGGAAUUCAAGAACUCACAGCAUUUUAAAGCUCUUGCUGAAGGCAAGAAAGCCUUCACCCCUCCAUCCAACUCCGCCUCCCAAGCUGGCGACGCAGAGACAUUAACCUUCAGCUGAGACACCUCCCACACCACCCUGUUUGAAGGCUGAACCGGCUCUUCUACUCCAGCUGAGACAGAGACGUCAUUGUCAGCCACCUGGUGUCCUUGCCUAUGCAACAGCAUGGCUCAGGGGCCAGCACAUGUCCUGCUACCCUCCCUGCCAGAGAGCACUGCACAGGUUUGUUAAACAGCUCUACUUAGCUCAGAUUGCCUUCCCAGGGGAGUUACACAUCUGUGCCCCUGUGGGCAUUUGAAUGAGAAGAAUUGGAAUUUCUGAGAUUUCAUGGAGCUCAGUUUGGAAGAAAAGCUUAAUGAUGACCUUUUUGGGAAAGAGAUGGAAUUACUUUCUUUCAUUCUUAAAGUUGUUGGGCAAAAAUUUUAUAAAUAAAAUGCUCUAUUGUCAGAUUA